AUGUUCCAGAAAUCGAUUCUUGAAUGGCUCAGUGCAUGUGGUGCCGCUUUCCUCGUUUUGCCAAAAGCAGUGGCUCUUCACUGCGAGCCCUUUGACCUGAGCGCGAGUGACGAGCACAGCCAGUUCGAGAACAUUUUGCGGCAAACUCCCUUUCAGAUCCUGGCUCCUGCUCGGCAUGCUUUGAUGCUGCUGUCGCGAGAAUCCCAGCAAGUCGGCGAAGUGGAGGCGUUCGCGCAUGCCGAAGCCUUGUCCGAGUACGGCCGGGUCUUGCAGGCGGUUUACAAGCAGUCCGGAGAUGAGAGCCUGCUACGGGCAUUGUUAACCGUACGUCAGGGGGCCCUGGACUUGGCACCCGGCCCGGCCCCUUUGAUGGUGCUUCGCCUGGCCGACGCGCUGUUCGACCUCUGCCGCUCGAUGCUCCGAUCAGCUCAGAGAUCACUUGCUCUCUUCCUCCAAGCCGAGGAAAUCUCUGGGCAGAUGUGCAACGCCAAAGUUGUUUUACUGUACAAGCAGCUGGGGCAGUGGGUGGAAGGAGAGAAGUAUGCAAAAAAAUGUGGGUUGUCGAUUACACACUUGCAUCUGCAACAUCCGAGGCUUCAGACCAUGCCGUGGUGGAACCUCGAAGACCCCAGACUGCCCAAAUGGCUGCGUGGAAUGCGUUUCCGACAUGCUGUGCACAUCAUCCGUACUGAUCUACAGAAGUGCCUUGAACGCACGCCGAGCGCAUUUGACGACUCUGCGAAUGAUUGGUUUUUCGUUGGCUCUCGCUUCAAAUGGACUGGGCUGAAUCUGAUGCACUCAGCUCGGGGGGGCUGGAACGAGCGAUGGUGUGGGGAGCAAGCUUGUGCAAAGCGGACCUGUGAUAUGUUGCGUUGGCGCAAGGAGCUGAACCAUAGCCUGUGGCCAAAGCUUAGCCAAAGAGCGGGCAUCACAUCAGAGAGCUCGCCUCCAAUGUAUGUGAACUUCUAUGCGCUGACUCCUGGGUCGCAUAUUCUGCCGCACCUCGGACAUGAUGGACGGGUCACCAUUCAUCUGGCACUGCUCGUCCCACCCGGCAACCAAUCACGCAUUCGAGUGGCCAACCAAACGAUCAACUACACGCAUGCUGGCCAGAUGUUGGUCUUUGACGAUGCCUACGACCAUGAAGUUUGGAAUGAUGGCAAGACAACGAGGUAUGUUCUUGGUGUUACGAUAUGGCACCCAAGUCUCUUGAUCCAGCUGCCACCCUCUGAGAUUCCGCCGGAGGUCCCUGCCUCUCAUUUCACACUCUCUUGGAGAACUUCACCGGAAAGCCCAGUCAAGCAGAAGCCGAAACCAUCUGAUCGGACAGCUAGGUCAUCAAUCUGUCGUGGUCGUGUUAUCUGUGCAGGCGGCAGUCGGAUUCGCAAAAAUCUGUCUACAAUGCGUUACCAAAUUGAGAAAGCUCUUGCUUGCAUCAGGCUUCUAGACGUACCCUGGGUUGCAUAA